AUGGCCAGCGACGCGUCAUUCGAUGGCCUCGCGAAGAAGUUUGAGCACUUGCCGCUUCUUGACAGGUAUCCCAGCUGCUUCCCGGACAUCAACCCUGUCGACAUCUACCGAUCCCACAUUACUUCGAUCCUGCACGACAUCACCGGCGUUGAUCAUUCGAUCAUCUACCCUGCCUUGCAAUGGACUGCCACUCUGGACAAGGGUGACUUGAUGCUCGCCAUCCCCGCCCUUCGGGUCAAGGGUAAGCCUGAUGCACUAGGCAAGGAAUGGCUGGACAAGUGGCCUGGCUCGCCCCUCGUCGAGAAGCCUGUGCAGAGCGGCCCCUUCAUCCCGUUCUUCUUCAAGCCCGGACCCCUUGCCAACACGGUCAUUCCGAUGGCGCUGUCCCACAGGUCGGACUUUGGCUCCAACCAGGCCGUCGGCCUCAAGGACCAGAACGAUGCGUCCAAGGGCAGGAAACGGAUGAUUGUCGAGUUUUCGAGUCCCAACAUAGCAAAGCCCUUUCACGCCGGCCAUCUGCGAAGCACAAUCAUUGGUGGAUUUAUUUCUAACCUCUACAAGAGUGCCGGCUGGGACGUCGUCACCAUCAACUACUUGGGCGACUGGGGCAAGCAGUACGGUGUCCUGGCUCUGGGGUUUGAAAAGUACGGCAACGAGGCGGAUCUCGAGCGUGAUCCCAUCAACCACCUCUUCCACGUAUACGUGAAGAUCAGCAGGGACGUAGCAGAUCAGAAGGAUGAGGCCGACAAGCUCAAAGCGGCAGGCAAAGAGGACGAGGCCAAGAAGCUCAUGGAUGAAGGGUUGGAUGAGCAAGCCCGCAAGUACUUCAAGAAGAUGACAGAGGGUGAUGAGCAGGCCCUCGCUCUCUGGCGACGGUUCCGUGACUUCAGCAUCAAGCGAUACAAGGAGACAUAUGCCCGGUUGAAUAUCCAUUUCGACGAAUACUCCGGCGAGAGCAAGGUCUCCGAAGACGACAUGCAAGACGCUGCCAACAAGAUGAAGGAGAUGGGCCUGGCUGAGGAGCACGAUGGCGCCCUCCUCAUCGAUUUCGUCAAAAACCUGUCUGGCAAAGAGGGCAAGCAGCUCGGCAAAGCUAUCCUGCGCAAGAAGGAUGGCACUGCUCUAUAUCUGACACGAGACAUCUCCGAGCUUUUGAACCGUGAAAAGCGGUACAACUUUGACCACAUGAUCUAUGUCAUUGCCUCAGAGCAGGACCUUCAUGUCAAGCAGUUCUUCAAGGUCGUUGAUAUGAUGGGACACAAGGACAUUGCUGCCAAGUGCCAGCAUAUCAAUUUCGGGCUGGUGUUGGGCAUGAGCACCAGGAAAGGCACCGUCAAGUUUCUUGAUGUUAGAUACCCCACACGCAUGCGUCCCCAGAAGAGGCAAUGUGUUGUCAUUUCAAGACACAGACUAAUUCCGCCGCAGGACAUUCUUCGUGAUGUUGGAGACCACAUGCACGAGACCAUGAAGAAGAACGACGACAAGUACAAGCAAGUCGGGAACCCUGUCAAGACCGCCGAUAUCCUUGGCAUCUCUUCCGUCAUGGUCCAAGACAUGCUGGGCAAACGGAUAAACAACUAUACUUUCGAUCUGCAGAGGAUGACUAGCUUCGAGGGUGACACCGGCCCGUACCUGCAAUACGCCCAUGCCCGUCUCUGCUCCAUCACCAGAAAGGCCGGCCUCUCUGAAGCCGACAUUGCUUCGGCGGAUCUGUCGUUGCUCACGGAGCCCAUGGCCAUCAAUCUGCUUCGUGUCGUGAGCCAAUGGCCAGAUGUGGUCUCGAACACACUCCGAACACUCGAGCCGACCACUAUUCUCACAUAUCUAUUCAAGAUGACCCACGUUCUGAGCACAAGCUAUGGCCAUCUCCGGAUUGUUGGCAGCGAAGUUGAGGUGAUGAAGGCCCGCAUGGCCCUUUACGACUCGGCGAGGAUCGUCCUUCGCAACGCCAUGGUUCUACUUGGCCUGAGCCCACUGGACAGGAUGUGA